AUGCGAGCGUUUGGUUUCCUGGCCUUGCUGCCUGCAGUCCUCGGCAACCCAUUGAACGCGCGUACCACAGCAUGCAACAACUCUCCCGACCUCUGCUCCAAGUCCUACGGCGAGAUCACCCAUUUGGGUGCCCACGAUAGCGCUUUCGUGCGCGAUUCCAACUCCGGUGUUUCGUUGGCUGGCGACCAGUACUAUGACACCCCCACCCAGCUCGACGCCGGUGUUCGGCUGGUGUCAGCUCAAGUCCACAAGAGUAACUCGGAAUGGCGCCUCUGUCAUUCCAAGUGUGAUUUGAUGGACGCGGGGACGUUGAGUGACUGGUUGAAGGACGUCAAGAAGUGGUUGGACGACAAUCCAAAUGACGUGGUCACGAUCUUGCUGGUCAACUCGGACGGCGCAUCGGCCUCGGAUCUCGACGCGCAAUUCAAAAAGGCCGACAUCGUCGACUAUGCGUACAAGCCCACGUCCAACUCGGCGCCGAAGUCGUGGCCCACGCUCCAGUCGAUGAUCGACGACAAGAAGCGACUGGUGGUGUUCGUGGCAUCACUGGGCUCCAAUACGGACGCGCCGUACCUGCUCGAUGAGUUCUCGUUCGUGUGGGAGAAUCCGUACGACGUCACAUCGCCUACGAAAUUCUCCUGCGACCCGCAACGGCCCAAGGAGGUGUCGGGCCAAGCAUCCACGGCGCUGGCGUCCAACCGACUGCCGCUGAUGAACCAUUUCCUGUACUCGACGGACCUGUCGAUGUUCGACGUCGAGUUCCCCAACGCCAGUUAUGUGGCCACGACCAACGCCGCGUCCGGUGGCACCGGGAACCUGGGCAGCACCGCGACCAAGUGCAAGAAGGAGUGGGGCGGCCGCCAGCCGACGUUUAUUCUGGUAGAUUUCUUUAACCGCGGACCCGCCAUCGAGACCGUCGACAACCUCAACAAUGUCUCCAAUCCUAUCGGCCGCAAGUCGCUCUCGACUUCUGACACGCCACAGUCCAGUAGCGGCUCCACGACCGGGAACGUCUUCAAGGACCUGCUCGACCUGGCCAACUCGGCCAAGGGCGGGGCCUCUCCCAGCAUGGGCAAUUGGAUCUGGGUUGGUGGAAACUGGGGCAGUCUCUUUGGCGGAGGCGUUUCCUUUUAA